AAAACGACCGCAGCGCCAUAGUGACAUCUGCGACUGGUCGAAAGGUCGAAAGUGUGUUUUCUUUUCUGUGGUGCCUCUCUUUGGUUUUUGUUUAUAAUUUGCAAUUUUUCAUUAAUUUUCUUUGGUUUCUGUGUCCAACUGGGGCGCUCCGGAGUGCCCUCAGACAGUGCAAUGGAUAAUCCACUGCUGGAUGUGUGUGAAUUCGAUGAAAGGGAGCUGUCCUACUUUGUCUUCUGCGAGUUUACAAGUCACAUUGAAUUUAAACUGUGGAGGGACUACAUGAAGCGUCAGCUGCUGGAUGAUAACCUAGAAUUGGUGGAGGAUAUGCUGGCUGAUAUCUGCAGGACAAAGAGUCGCCUCUGUCGGAUCUGCUUCAAUCCACUGGCGUGGUUGCGUCGGGAAACGGAUGAGCAUGAGAUUGAGUGGCGCUGUGGUUCCUGCACACUCUCUCAGCCCAUCCUUCAGUGCAAUUCAGCUGAGGCAUGCAAUGUCCUCAUAGACCUCAUUGUCAGCAACAAAAUCCAUCCCCAAAUCCUUGCCUCAGCGCUCAAUUUCAUCUUUGCAGCUGCAUACAAUUUUAUCGGUAUCUCGUCCCCCGUGGACGCCGAUGAUCCCAUCCAGACCCUCCUUUCCAUGUACGAAAAAUCACCAAGUGCCUUGGGUCUUGGCGGCAAGAAUACCGUUGUCUUUGCAGACAUCUACCAUGACACAAGCACUUCAAUCCAUUUCCGCGGGGAAACAGCUGCCGAUACGCCGUUUCCCAUCCUCUACCUCGCCGACACAGUGGCCAUCCCAACGCGCUUCUUCCUGCAUCCGCUCAGGUACCUCCAUGAACCUCCCGAAGCGUCCAGUUGCGAAGAUGCGCCUCUGGUGCAGGAACUGGCGCACAUUGCCAACUCUGUGAUAAAGUCCGGCAGCAAUUUGGUGCUGGGUCCGCAUCUGCAGGAGCUCAUCUCACCGGACAUCUACACCAAUCGUCCACACAAUCUCGAGGCCAUCGUGACGCUGGAAUCUCUGCGUUCGCAUGCUCUGGACAGUGAGCAGGAUGUCUGGGGCAAUAGCCAUGACAUGAUGCUGCCUGCCAUGAGGAUCUGCAGUGGCGUCAAUGUUCUUCUGGCCAGUGCUCAUCGGCGCAAGCCAAAGUCCCGCGAAGAGUACUACCUGGCCCUUCAGAGCUACCUCACGAGCGCCAUCUGGCUCAAGACCUUCCACAGCACCCCCUUCGAGACACUCCUGUACUCCGUCCUCGGCCACACUGUUGGUCUCCGGUAAGGUCCGGAGAGUGCCAUCCAACAGGCAGCACCAAAGUCACAACUCCAGGGAAACAUCUUGGAACUUGGUGGAGCAAUCUCUCUCCGGAGGGAAAUGUUGAUUUUUCUUUUCUUCUCUUCUCAAAUGAAUCAAAAUGGAAUUCAAAUGUGCCUUCGAGAUUAUACCAAAAAUAAGAUAAAUAAAGCGUCAAAUCACUAUCGUUUAA